AGUCAGUGCUUCAUGUUUCAAUAUAUUUUUCGCAUUUCACAUUCUUUCACUGUUUCAACCCCCGUAUGUUGUUCGUUUCUGGACUUGCCUUUACCUUGUGGUGGUCUGGAAACUCGUAAAGUCGACCUGGUGGUUGCGGAAAGUGUUCUCAACUCGCCAUGGGUGGCGUGGAGAGCAAGCAGGCGUUUCGCGGAACCGUUCUGCAAUUGACUGGGAAGACGGUGACUGUUGCUUCGUCGGAGGAGUCUUUCUGGGACCAGAUCUUCCAGACAUCCGGCCUGACCGGUCCUCAGGAUGCCUUCACUCUGAUUACCUCGCAAGAGAUCCGCACACUGCGCGAUGAAGCGCCCUCGAACCUCGCCACUCUCUGCUACAAGGCUGUUGAGCAUCUCGUCAGAUCUGCAGCCGGUGGCUGUCCUCGCAAUAAGCACAAUCUGGUUCUGAACUGUGUGCGUCUGCUGACGCGCAUACUGCCGUACAUCUUUGAGGAUCAGGAGUGGCGCGGUUUCUUCUGGUCGGCCCUGCCUGGCCAGAGCGAGGGCAGCAGUACUGCUCCGGAUGCACCACCUCCACUCGCUCAGUCACUCAUUGGGGCUGUACUGGAUCUCCUCUUCUGCCCUGACUUCACCGUGAUCGCUGUCAAGAAAGCUGGUCCGAGACCUGGGAUGUGUGGUCGCGAUACGUUCGACAGUCCGGAGGAUUUGAGCAAUGUGGACAGCUGCGAGUACAUCUGGGAGGCCGGUGUUGGUUUUGCACUAUCCCCUGGCACUACGGGCUAUCUGGACGGACACCGUGCUGAGCUACUGCGUCUUCUAUUGACCUGCUUCUCCGAGACCAUGUACAAAUCAGCUACAUCGGACGUUGAAACAACAAGCAAUCAGUGGCUCAACUAUUUCUGUUCGUCGCACAACCGGCAUGCACUGCCAUUGUUCACAUCGCUAUUGAACACGGUGUGUGCGUAUGAUCCUGUUGGCCUCGGAGUUCCGUACUACCAUGCAAUGGUACAAGACAAGCACGAGCCGCUCGUGGAGAUUGCUUCGCAGCUGCUGUGUGUUAUCCUGGAUGCAGAGGUCAUGCCCAGGGCAGCCAGCCUGGCUGUCGAAUCAGAGGAGGGGCAGCCUGAGAACCUGUUCUGCAACUACAUGUCCAGAAUACACCGCGAUGAGGACUUUGCCUUUAUCCUGCGUGGAAUUAGUCGCCUACUGAACAACCCACUGUUACAGACUUAUCUGCCUGGUUCGUGUAAGAAGGUUGCAAUGCACCAAGAGCUGCUCAUUCUCUUCUGGAAGAUGUGUGACCUCAACAAGAAAUUCCUCUAUUUUGUGUUGAAGAGCAGCGAUGUGCUUGACAUGCUAGUUCCUAUUCUCUAUCAUCUCAACGACUCUCGCUCCGAUGCCUCUCGCGUUGGGUUGAUGCACAUCUGCGUGUUCAUCCUCUUGCUGCUGAGUGGCGAACGUAACUUUGGUGUGCGCCUGAACAAGCCCUACCAGGUACGCGUCCCCAUGGAUAUCCCCGUCUUUACUGGAAACCAUGGCGACCUUCUUGUCCUGGUAUUUCACAAAGUGAUCACCACCGGUCAUCAGCGACUAACUCCUCUCUUUGACUGCCUACUUACCAUCGUUGUCAAUGUUUCCCCCUACUUGAAGUCACUGUCAAUGGUAUCCAGCGCAAAGCUUGGUCAUCUCAUGGAGGCAUUCUCCACACCCUGGUACUUGUUUGCCAAUGCCACCAAUCACCAUCUGAUCUUUUUCUUGCUGGAAAUCUUCAACAACAUCAUCCAGUAUCAGUUUGAUGGAAACUCCAAUCUGAUCUACCAGAUCAUUCGACGGCGAGAUGUGUUCCACAAACUGGCCAACCUGCCUACUGACCCGAGUGCGGUCCGUGCUCUUCCUCGCCGUAAACCACCAGCGCACGCCACCAAGUCAUCCUCCGCCGCCACCUCCGCUGGCAGCGGCAAAGAAGCAGCUGCGACUGCGGGCGGCUCUUCGUCCUCGGACACGGCGGUGGCGUCCACCAGCCGCACGCCCUCCGACGACACUGUGCCGGCGCAGCUGUCGGCGGCUGCUGCUGAGGGAUCACAAUCAGCUUCCAGUGGACCAGCCACCAGCGGACUGCCUCUACAAACGGUUCUGCGACUUCUCCAAGUUCUCGUCCCACAGGUGGAGAAGAUUUGCAUUGACAAGGGCCUGACUGACGAGAUGGAGAUCUUGAAAUUCCUGCAGCACGGCACGCUGGUUGGAUUGCUGCCAGUACCCCACCCUAUUCUAAUCCGUAAAUAUCAGGCUAACAGCGGUACUAACCAAUGGUUCCGUACGUACAUGUGGGGCGUCCUUUACUUACGAAAUAUGAUGCCACCUGUGUGGUACGAUACCGAGGUCAAGCUGUUUGAGGUGCAGCGAGUAUGAAAGCGCGCGCCGCACAGUGUUGGCGAGAGUUGAUCAUCACACCUCUGCCGUCUGUGGACCGCGCAAACACAUUCCAUGCCAGCGAUAUCCGGCUCGGCUUCUGUACCAUUGAAACUGCCUAUUUCCGAUUGAUUUGCCGCCAUCCUGUUUUUAUAGAUGUUGGCCUGUUGCUCCUGAACAUGAGGGUGCGAUUUGCCAUCAGCUCCGUGUGCCUCCUGCCUGGUUAACUUUCUGGUGAUAGUGUGUCCUGGGGCUCAGAGGUCCCCGCUGACGGGAGUUAUACGCCGUCGCUGUCGCUGCACUGUGCUGUCUCAUCGGCGUCUCUCGUGUGGAUAAGCUGCGCUCGCUUGCUGUUGCUGUGACAUGUGUACGCACAUGUGCCGUUGUGGGUAUACAUACACACACGUGUGUGUCCACGACCAUUUAUGUUUGCGUAUGUGCGUGUGUACGUGCACGUGUGUUUUCAUUGCCCUCCACGUAUUGCAUCGAGUAUUUGAUCUCCCGCCAUUCACCCUGUCGUGCACGUCCUGCAGGGAUGCCAGCCUCGAUAGCGACAUGUCUGCAUUUCAUCUCCCGUUUUACUGGGAGUAACUCCUGUACUCCCUCCGCCCUGCUAGCAGUAUUUCUAGUGCACCCGAAGUUUUGUUUUUAUACCGCAAUGGGCCAGCUGUCUAGGUUUCUUCGCUGGUCAUGACCGCUAAUUGGCAUUGGCUAUCUUCGUAUCUAUCUUCUCCUUGCCAAUCCGAGUUUCCAUUGAUUUGUUUUGUUUCUCGCUGUUGCUGUUGUUCAGUUGACUCCUUAGCGCUGUGCGCGGUUAUCCGCAUCAUGUGCUGUGCUAUGUUGAGAGCCUUGCCUGUCACUGUCACCCGCCACCGGAGUUCUCGCCAUGUUAUAGUUUUCUCCCCCCCCCCCCCACCCCCCCCCCCCAGCCUCGUUUUAGCCAUCUCACUGCUUUCAUGCUCUCCCCGCUGUCUCGGCCUUUCUAUUGCCGUCCGCCCUUCGUUCAGUCUCGUUCUGUUCAAAGGGUCUUUAUCGUUCCAUUGCCUCCAGUGCCGUUCUGUUUCGCCUCAUUUCAAUAGUGUCCAUCUUCUCCUGCAAGUUGUGAGCUGAGCCUGUGUGUGAACUGUGAAGGAUACUGCUGUGGCUGCGUUUGGAUCGUCACCCUAACCUCUCCUUUCCCUGUUGCUGUCCCUGCCUCCGUUCCUGCCUCUGUCCCUACCUCUGUCCCUACCUUCGUUUUUUGCGCUUCCGUUCCUGUAUCCGUCCCUCCUCUUCUUGUCCCGGUCUUCCACAGUGCGGGAAAGACAACACUAGAGGCAUGCAUCCUCGCCACACAUGGUACGCUCAUUGUUAUCCCUCCUGUCAAUACGGCACUGUCUAUUUGCAGUCCUUCCAUUUUUGUCAUCAUUCCCCUCCGCAAUCCGCGGCUCGGCUCAGCAUUCCCAGGUUUUAUUUUCUGGAUUUCUCGUAUUCUUGUAACACUCCAGAUUCUUGUCCGAUCUGUUCACUCGAAGACCAGUACAUAGCGUUGCUCGAAAAAAGAACCGACUUAUGUCCGGAGCCUGUUAAUAUGUA